UUUUUGGUUGUCACUGUAUUUUUAGUUUCGGAUGCCUCUUACAAAACUUUUGAUCCCCGCUUGGCUGGCAGGGAAGAAAAAAAACAAAAUGGCGACGCCACACCAAAAAUAGAAUUUAAAAAAAUAGUCUACUACCGAAAUCUGUUGAUGGCAUACCAGUAAUUGCAAUAUAGAAGGUGGCCUUUAUUGUGGCAUUAGAGGAGCUUUUUCAAAAAGAUUUGCACAUUUCCAUUGUUUAUCAAUAAGUUAAAUCAAGAAACUAACACAAUUUUUAACAGUAAAGUUCAUUAGGAUUGUUAUUGGUUAUGCAAGAUUCCAAAAACAGAUUGGAUUAUAUGGAUUAAUAUCCUUUGCUUUUUUUUAUCAUAAAAUUAAGAAAUAAGCUUCAAGGGACUGGCAGAGCUCCAGUGUUUAUUUGGAACUUGACAAAAUGGAGUUCAGUUUACCUCCCCCACCUCAACUAGAUCAAAGUGGUAUAGUCUACAAGCAGUGGAACAAUUUUCAACAAAGGUUUAAUUACCAUAGAAACACUUAUCAGGAUGUAGAUUCUGCCUCCAUCUUACUCUUUGCUGCCCGCCUCCAAGUGAACUCUAUCUAUGAAUCCAUGAAAUCUAUAGAUAUUGAUGUACCUAAAUUAAAUAAGAUUUUAGAAAUUGUAGAGCAAAUCUGCCUGCCACAGUUUAUUCUGCUUUUUGAAAGGUUUAGGUACUUUACCUUAGAGCAAGACACCACUGAGACUUUGAAUGAUUUCAUUCAUGUUUUAAGGAAGCAGGUAGAAAUUUGUGAGUUCGGAGACUUGAAACUUAAAGACAGUAUAAUGACUAAUGCUUUAGUCAAUGGGGUUAUUGAUGAAAAUUUCAAGCAAAAUUUACAGAACUCUGGGGGCCUUUGCUUUGAUGAUGCUGUCACUAUGUGCAGUGGAGUAGCUAACGCUGGCAAAGGCAUGACUCUUGGCGACCUCAACAACUUGGUUACAAAGAGUAAGAGAAUAGCCAAAGGGAAGCGCAAGGCAACGUCACCAACAUUCAAGAAAAAUAUGUACAUCAUGCCUGUGUACGACAGCAUAAAUGAAGAUGCAGAUGCUGAUGAUCAUAUGGUAGAGACAGUCAUGGAAGGUGUUAAAAAGAGUCGAACAAGAAGGGCAGCAUCUAAACCACCCAAAAAUAUACCUAAACAGUUUCUUUGUUAUUGCUGUGACAAUGAGUAUGCCACUAGGAAGUCUUUUAGGCGUCAUAUUUCUAACAAGCAUGGCGACCAUAAGUCUUAUUAUUGCAAGCACUGCAAGAUGACAUUUAACAAUAGGACUGAAUGCAUAACUCACUGUCGUGGACAUUCAACCACUCCUUCAACAGUUGGUGCACCAGCACACUGGAAAAAAACUGACUGCACCGAUUAUGCCUGCUGGUACUGUGAAGAAUCAUUCCCCAACUUGCCUGAAUAUAAGAUACAUUGUGCCACCCAUUUAGCUGUGAGAGUGUUUCACUGUGAUCUCUGUCAAAAGAAAAAUCACAACAUUACACGCAUGAUUGGUCAUCUGAAAGGGCAUCUUGUGCCUAGACACAAGUGUGAGAUUUGUGGCAACUGUUUCGGCAGAGGAGAGCUCUUGGCUGCACAUUUGCAAACACAUGCUGAGAAGCCAUUACACCAGUGCCAGGUGUGUGGUAAAAGUUUUGUAAGCGCUGAUCGUCUUCACUGCCAUAUGAGAACGCAUUCUGGAGAGAAAAGAUUUACCUGUGAACUAUGUGGUAAAUCAUUCUCUCAGAAAAUGAGUUUUGAUUACCAUAAACGCUGGCAUGCUGGGGAAAAACCCUAUGAAUGUGACAUUUGUGGCAGGCGUACAAUAUCUUUUGGUGAUUUAAGAAAACACAAACGAAUGCAUAGCGAUAGAAGGCCAUAUGUCUGUGAAGUAUGUGGAAAAAGUUUUCGCUUUAUUUCCAAUUUAAAUCGUCACAGACAGGGGCACAGUGGGAAAAGAUCCCAUGUGUGUAACGUUUGUGGCAGGACAUUUAUUUAUGGAGAAGGUCUAAGAGACCACAUAAAAGCUGGUCGCUGUCCUGGAACUAAGAAAGAUGGCGUCACUAAGACGUCCAGGGCUCCAAGAAUGAGAGGACCCUCAGUGCCCAAUUCCCAAGUGAUUCCUUUGAUGGAGAACAAUCCUCCCCCUUUUGUUGCUCCGCAUCAUCAGCCACCAGAAACCUUGCAGAAUGAGUUUGCCCCUUGGCAGUAUAUGAUCAGAAACAAUGAAUCUGAAGGUACUAGUGGCUUUGUUCUAGUGCCACCCUUUUAUUAAACACAUUUUCUUUGAAUGUACAUCAAACUAAUUGGAUGUAUAAUAUAAUAUAUAACUUUCUUUUUUUUUUUUCUUUUCUUAUUGACUGUUUGAUAACAGAAAAAAAAAAAAAGCCAAAAUGGCACUUUUAUAUUUUAUUCUUUUUUUUUUUAAAGGCAUGCAUAUUCAUUAUGUUUCAAGAUAUAUAUUAAUAUAAAUACAUAUAUAUAUAAAUUAUUGGUAUACUGUACUAUGUUCAUAACUAAUAGUGUAUUUCAAAGUGUAUACAUUUUUUCUCUUGCUACAAAUUUUUUGUUUUUUGAAUGUGUAAAUGUGUUAAUUGUGUAUUAAAUAGUAUAACUUUAAAACACUGGUAUAAAUGGUUUGAUCUGUAUUGCUUUGAUUUUAGGAAACACAAUAUUACAGUUGUAUGAAAUGUACUAUAUUACAGUUGUAUGAAAUGUACUAAAGACUAAACAGAAAUAAAAAUGAUCAUUUUUUGAAAUACAAAUUAUUUUGCUAAUGUUUAUAUCAAACAAAAUGAAAACUAACAGAAGAAUGAUAACUUAAAAGCUAAAAUCAGAUUUUAAAAACUUGUUAUAAAAUUAAAUAAAGACAAAGACAAAUGUUUCAAAUAAAAAAAAAGAAACUGAAAAUAAAAAAAAAAAUUUGAUUAAAAAACAAGAGUAUAAAUAUAUAACAUUUAAAAAGAAAAGAAAGCUUAUAUUAAGCGUAGCUCGAUCAAUUAGUUUGGAUCAGUCAUGUAAUUAAAUUUUUUAAUAGAUCUAGACUUAAAUAAUAAAUCUCUGCGAUUAGAAAUGUUUAGUGCAGUUUCAUGCUUUAACCUUUCUCAAUAUUCUAUGAUCCUAUUAUUUGUAUGGACCUGUUGGGAAAAGGCUGGGGGAGAAUGAAGCGGGUAGCUGUGUAAAUAUUACAGUAAUUUUUUUUUAAACAUUGAACUACCUGGAUUCAAACAUAGGGGCUCUAGCCUCCUCAAGCCAGUACACUGUACCAGAAAAGUGCUUUUGAAAAUAGGUGUUUGAAUUACCUAUUGUUAGUUUAAAGGGAACUAAUUCAACUUAUACCAUACCACCGCAACAGCCAAGUACAAUUUCUUGUUCGAUACCAAACAAAAUAAAAAUUACAAUUUAGUUAAUUUUUUUUAGUCUUGUGUUGUCAGGUGAAAGAAAUAAGUGUGCUAAAUUUCAGCUUGAUCCAAGAUUGGGUGUGGGAGAAAUAACUUGUACAAACCUUUUACCAGACAGAGUGAGUUGAUAUAAGUUUUGUGAAAAAAAGGAAUAUUCAUAACUUUACAUAAAAAAGUACACCAAUUUUGGUUUUUAUCUCUGUUGAAGUUCCACUUCUUUGUCUUAACUAUUUUGUUUCUUCAUGUCUUUGUUCUUAAAUUAUUUUUUUUUAAUGAGCAUAGCAAGUAGAUUUUACUUGAGUUAAUGUUCAUUUUAACUUCCAUGUCACUAGAUGUUCAUUUUAAUUUCAUGUCACUAGUUCUUGAAUGUUUAAUAGUUUACUCAAUAGAAAGAAAUAUUCCUUUGAUCGUAGAAAUACCAAUGAUAAUAUCUCUCUAUGCUCAGGAAAAGAACAAAUGUUCGUCUCAUGCAUAGAAGCCCAGAGUAAGUUUUUUUUUGGUAAUGAAGAUAUAUUUGUUUUAUAUCCUGUUGUUUAGCACUGCAGUCAUCUUGGCCGUUCUUCAAAUCCUCAUCACUCCUCCUCAUCAGUGAAUGGAGUUUCUUAUUAUUGAAAUAUAUACAAAAAAAGAAUACAAAAUAUUUAAUUAGCAAACUCCCCUUUAGCUUGUGUGUGUGCGUGUUUUUUUUUUACUAUUAUUUUCAUUUUAAAAUGUAUCCUGUUUACCAGUGUAUACCAUACAUAAACAUAAAUGUAUAUCUACAUGUAUUUCAAUUCUUCCCAUUUUACUCAAGCUUAUGUUGUGUAAACUGCCUAAAGAAAUAUAACAUAUACGUUUAUUACGUUUUCCUUUGCUUAUCAUUUGAAGUAAAAAAAAAAAUUUCUCUAAAAGCCAUGUAUUUAUUACUUAGCUUAUGUACAUAAACUUAUUACCUAUGUAUUGGAUGGUGCCCACAGAGUUAUCUUUUCUUUGUCUCUCUAAACACUGCAUAUUAUUUUAUUGUUAUCAGUUACAAGGAUACCCCUGUAACAUCAUUCAUUGUGAUGAGUACUUUAGUGAUAUUGUAAGGGGAUGACUGAAAAUUGUUAUUUACAAAGUAUAUUUAUUUACUUUCUAUUUUGAUAGCUGCUUUCUUAUGUGUGUGUGUGUGUAAAAAAACAAAACAACUAUACAUAUAUAUUUUCUCUAAGCUCUCAACUCUAGCAAAAAAAAAAAAGUUUUAAAAAUAUAAAUUGAAGUGCUACUAAGAUAUACUAGUACCGUUAUAUAUAUAUAUAUAUAUAUAUAUAUAUAUAUAUAUAUAUAUAUAUAUAUAUAUAUAUAUAUAUAUAUAUAUAUAUAUACAUAUGUAUGUAUACUUAAACAGCACAUAUGAUAAGUGGUACUAAUGUGAUAGUUGAUGUAUCUUCUCACUGGUUGGUUUAUUUGUGGCAAAUGUUUUUUGAUACUUUGAUAAGAAGCUACUGUUUGACUGUUUAAGAAAGUUAUAUUGUAUUUGUUUAUACUCUGUGAUCACAGAAUUUCCAAAUACACUAUCAAAGCUUUUGAAAUUAAAUGAAAAUAAAUGGUCAUAAAUUUUACAGUGUAGUGAUGGGAGGCUGUUUCAGUAGAUGUCUUGGAAUGUUAAAUUGAAUAAUCACUGAGGAAGUAUUGGCAUAGUCUGUGAUGUCAGAAUGUCAAAUUAGAACAUGAUGUCCUAAAAUCUUUUAAUUAAAAGUCCCAGCCUUCUUCAGGAUUUAAAUGUGAGAUCUUCAACAAAGGCAGCAGAAAAUCUCUGUCAAAGUUGACAUAGAGGAACUACAGUUCUCUGUCAGGUAAAGAUUGUUUUGUCUUAUUUCGGCAACAUAAUGAUGGUCCUACUGAUUUUAUGACUUUGAUUUUGAGCUACAGGAAGUGAAAGAAGCUAGGAUUUGAGUUAUAUCACCUGUUAUACUGAACCACCCCAAAAGUCACAGGAAUCAAGCUCUUCUUCACCCCUAUUUGUCUGAACGCAGGAAAUAAUUUGUAUUCAUUUUUUUUUAUAGAUACCAAUAGAUACCAAUCUGUUUAAGUAGCUGUAUCUGGGUGCGUCAUUUACUUGUAUGGUGGCUUAAGAAAUCUAUAUUUUUAAUGAAGUCAUUAAUAUCUUAAUAAAUUCUUAUUUGUUAUUUUAUUUAUAAUAUGCUGAAGUCUUUUAAUUUUUAAGAAAUGGUUUGAAUUUCAUAUCUGUCAGUAGUGACAAAGUUCUCUAAUUUGAAGAAAAAAUAAGUUUAUUUUUUACUAUGACUGUGAUUAUUUAAUUUCUUAUCUAAAGACAAAUGAUUUGAUUCAUUACGGAAUGUCCUUACAAAAAGCUAUUCCUAAAUUUUAUUUUAUCAAUAUUAUCAAUUUGUAUACUUGUCUUUAUGUUUCUGAAACAUUCUUCAUGAUAGCAUUUAAACUUUUGUUUUGCUUCUUUGACUUAUGUAUAAUAAUUCUUUCUUCAUUGUAGUUAGCUUCAAAGUAUCUUAUUAAAAAAUGACAUUGCUUCUUCUUUCUGCAAUGACAUACUGGAAUUGUCUGGAAUUCAUUUUGAUUUUCUUGGCUAUUUCACUUUGCAAAAAAAAAAAAAAAAAAAGGAGAAAAUUUUGCUUUAUUGUAUCCACAUUUUUUUCUUUACUAUGGUACUGACAUAUUGCUCAUUUCACAUCCACUUUUCUUGUAACUUUUUUUCUUAAUUUCAUAAGAAUUUUUUUUGUUAAUUACGUACAAAAAAAAUAUCAUUUAGAAAAAUAAUGUAUUAGGUACCAUACAGUCAUUUUCAUUAAAUUAAUUCUUAAUUGUUUUAAAUUGAAAUGACCAUAGUGAGUGAACUCUGAAAGAUUGUGUCCAUCUAAAAAUGAGUUCCCAUGUUUAGGACUUCCCUUGUUCAGCACUCGAGAUUUUACUUUCUUUGAACUUAAGAUGGAACUCAUUGAACCAGUGUUUAUAUUGUAUCCCUUUUUUUUUUUUUAGAACUUUUUUCCCAAGCUGUAUGUUCCUAAUAAAAGCAUAAUCACACAA